AGAUGAAAACAGUUCCCACGAUAGAUUUCAAUCUUUACGCCAUGUGUGUUUUACUUUUCUCCAGGCGGUCUAGUGAUAUUAAGACCAACUCGAUGGGUAGAAAGAUUUUGAGGACCGAAGCGUCUUUACAACUUCUGGAUUUCCAAGAAACGCUCUUUUAAUGUCCGCGUCGCGCAGCAGCAGCAAGAAGAAGAUCCGCCUUUGUGAAAUUGUUAACCACCACGAGGACCUUUUUCUCUUCGCCCUCGCUUGCUAGUACUUAUUUAAGUAAGUACACUGGCCAUCCAUACUACCAAUGGGACUACUUUUUACAAACUACAUGAACCGCAGCAGCGAGCCCUGAAGAAGAUCGUAUUCCUCUUCUUCCGAUCUACGAGAAGUGCAGCUGCACCUCGAAUAAGUACGUGUUUUUUGAUAGGCCGAAAAAUAUUUUAUUUUAGUACCGAAGCGAAAAUACUACUAGAGCAAAAAGUUUUUGAUACAAGUACUUUCAUUUUGAAACGACCGUCAAAAUUGGGCGCGUGGAGACGACCACCACCAUGUAUCACACCCGACCUGGGCAAGCCGGCGCGCCAAUGGGCGGCUACGGCGGGAUGCAGCAACAGCAGGGCAUGGGCCUCGGUCCGGGGGUGCAGCAACACCAGGAGCCGGACUACACGGUGAAAAACGACGCUUCGGAGUUCGAGAAAGAAAACGACUUCGUGCAAUUUUUCAAGUACAUCCAGGGACACCACUCUUGCACCCACAGUUCCAUGAUCGGGCCCUCCGAUCACCGCAUUCUACCAAAUGUAAAAAUGUCUGGGUCUGGAAGAUUAGAACUUGUCAUGCUAAAUCUGAAUGAUGCAAAAAUCUGUGUUGCGUGAGUACCAAAACCUAUCCGCUUUUGACCAAGUCGAGAGGGAGUUUCCCAUGCAGGAGAGGCAUGAUAGAGACAUCAAAGAAUCUGUCAUGCUGGGUCUCGCAUUCCAGACCUCAUGCGUCACGGAAAACCUGCAUCAGAAGUCUUUCAUUCUUCCAGACCCAGACAUUUUUGCAUUUGAUACAUUCCCCGCAGUGGCAAAUUCGACGUCACCAAAAAGGACGCACUGGAAAAACUGUAUAUUUUUUUUUCUUCGAAAUAAACCGAUGUCUAUAAAAAAAAAAUCCAAUAGAAAUUCUCCAACGCCCCAAUAGAGAUUCUCCGUAUAGAGAAUCUCCCGCGUCGAAUCUAUCGGCUCCCGCUUUGUCUUCGGUUGCGUCUGCUCUUCGCCUUCGCCUGGCGCAAAGAAAAGCUGUUGGCCUUCCUCUGGCGCAAAAGGCCGCUCUCGCUUGACUUUUUCAAAGUGCUCUUUUUGUUCCGUGCCCAUGGACGGGGAAAAAAGUUCCUGUGCAUGUUUCGGCCUCCGGGGGUUCAGCUUUUUCAUUCUUUAUUUGCCCGCCGUCAGUUGCGGGGAAAGAAAGAAUAACUUCGCACCGACCUGGCGGCCGGCGUAGGGGAAAUAGAGAAUAUUGCGCACACUGUGCGCGCGCGGGCUUCUUUUUGAGCGGCCAGACGUUCUUGCUCGCCGAUGCGCGGCAUCUGGCGGCGUGGCGGAAAUGAAAAUAAUUUCUGCGCGCUGCGCCGCGGGGGCUUUUUCUUGUGAGCAGCCGGGCGCCUCUUUUCGCCGGCCCGCGCACCACAUCAAUCUUGUGGCGUGCUGGGAUCGAAAAAUAAAUAUGCGCGCCGCUGCCAGCGCGCCGCGCUUUGUAGCGAUGCGGGAUCGAAUUCAAAAUCCGACUCGCCCACGCGCCGCGUGUUGUGGCGGUGUGGUUCGACUUCCAAAAAAUUUCGCGCGCUGUGCGCGCGCGAAUUUUUCUCUCUGGGCGGCCGCGCACCCCCGUCGCCCGCGCGGCGCGCCUGGUGGCGAUGGAUGCGGAAUCGAAUGCGAAAAGUUUUUGCGCUUCUUUUUCCUUGGCCGGUCGCGUAUUUUCGUCGCCCGCGUUUCGCGCUUGGUGGUCGGCACCCACAGUUCCAUGAUCGGGCCCUCCGAUCACCGCAUUCCCCGCAGUGGUAAAUUCGACGUUACCAAGAAGGACGCACUGGAAAAACUGUAAUUUUUUUUCAUCUUUGUAACAUAUAAACCGAUGUUGAUGAGUUCUUCGACGGUGAAGACAUCAAAGAUUCCUUGCUGUAAAAAUCAUGUGCUAAUGACACAGAAGCUGAGUCAGUGAGUAGUUUUUCUAUAAGGAUAAGGAAAAUUGAAAUAAUGAAUCGCGAAUAUAAAAUCGUAUCCUCUCUCUACCUAUAAAGGUAUGCCGCUGUGUCUUUCUUCCACCGCCAGGGAAAGCCGCUGGUGCUGUGCGAGAUUGCGACCAGCCGGUUCCGCUUUUUCGAGGACGUAGAUCUGCUCCUCCCAGCCGAACUGAAGGACCAGCUGCCCCAGUUACAAGACCAGUGGGUGCACCACUUGCUGCGGCACAGGGGCGCAGUCCUGGGGGCCGUCUGGCGAAGCGAGGACCCGCUCGGUAUUUUUAUACUAGGAUCUUCCGAUGAUGAUCUACAGUUCUUGCUAUAAGAUCAUAUCGUGCACUACGUAUUCGUAUGAGCCGAAUUUCUAUGUUCUACAAAAAUCCUUAUCCAGGUGUCAAGUGCCGUUCCGAGACUGCCACCGUGCACGUGUUUUCUUCCUCCGGGUGGAGUUCCCGUCACAAUCAGCCGAAAAUCUCCUUGCACUUCGUCUGGCCCGACUUGAUCUGCACGCCGCGGGAAGCCAAGGGAAUCCGCAGUGCCACCAUCGAGUUCCUGCGGGAAUCCUGUUCGGAGGAACUGUCAACGUUACUGGAAAAGUGCUACGAAAAGAACCCGCUGCAACAGGACUUAGUCGAUAUGUCACCCUGGGAAGAAAUCUUUGACAAGGCCGCCACCGAGGGAACCAGUUUGCGGUAUUGAUAGAAAUUGAUGAUCUAUAGAAAGAAAAAUGUUUGUCACAGUCAUUAACUUGGAGACUUAGAAUUGCAAAUUUUUUUAGCAUCGCAGCUUUUCCUUGUAUUGCAGAAACACUAGGGGAAACCCCCUACAAAGAUUGGCUGUGAUGCAUUUUUACGCAUGGCAGGCAUUUUUUGUAUUGCAGAAAUGCCCAUGAGUGAUCGCGACGAACUUUUUUUCUUUGAUAUGAUCCCACGACGAACAGCUGCAAACAAAAACAAUAGAAAAGUAUGCAGCCUCCCUUGUAGUUUUUACGUGCUUCCGUUAUUAUGUCUUGGGGAUUGUCUAACCUGUCCCCAUGAUCUGACUUCAUCAUCAUUCACACACAAUGAAAUAACAGAUUGGUCUUCUGUGACAAGGGUGCGAAGGCGGACCUCGAGAAGAAGAUGGCCGCACGAUUAGAGGGGCGUCCCAAAGUCCCAGUAGGCACUUACCAGGUAAAAAGCUCAUCAUGUGCCAACAACAAACAACAUUGGAUGUGGCGAAAAUUGUACAUUGCAUAGAUUGAUAAGUACGUCGUAGUAGAUGAUACAGAGUACAGGACGGUGAAAAAAUAUUAAACGUGAAGCAACUACUCCUCGUUGUCGAUGCACAAAAAUUUAAACUACAGGUCGCGUUGUCCGCAGGAAAGGUGAACGAGUGCGCGGCGACGCUGCAGAAUGCACCGUCGGAAAAGGGCGACAUCCAGUGGUUGUUGGACGCCAGUAUACGACUGGGUGACGGCGGAGCAGAGAUGCCGGCGGUCUCCAAUGUGUGGCUCUCGGCGACGCAGACCAAGGGUCUCGCGGGCAUCAAACCACAACCAGUGGUGGCGGCCAACGGAAAUGGGUUCGGCGCAGACGCAGCGGGCGCCUACCCCGUGGAUGAAAAGUACCUACGAGAAUAUUGUUUGAAGUCGAACUUUUUGGUAUCUCUGGUUGUUCUCCUCUGGUGGGGGCGCAGAAUGCUGCAAUAGGUUUGUCUAGUCGUAUCAUGAUAAGAGUAAGUAAAACAAUCACUACAGCAUCCAGCAACUGGAACGUGAAAUGCCGCAUGGUGGUGACGGAUUUUCGCAAGUCAAAAAGGAAUUGCUCGGAAAGAAGGUGGACCAGAACGCGAACUGGAUGACAGUCGAGGACUACAACCCACCACAACACGACAGAAUGGCUGGUAUAAUAUCUUCCAUGGUAUUUUUCCGCCCUUUGCAAGACAAACACAAUCACAAACUCGCAUGUAGUCCUUCUUGCUGCACGUCGUCUCACAACGCCACUUGCAUUUUGCGCAGCAGGAGGACAACGAACGUGACAAUGAUGUCGACGUACUAAUUUUGUCACACCUAAAAAAUUGUUCGAAAACUACACUUUGAAAAACAGUGAAACUGGAUGCCAACGGAGGACAGAUCGCAGAGUUGGUGAUUCCGCCGGACGUGUAUCAGCUCCCAGUGGACGUACAGUACAACACGAUGGACGGGACGAACAAGCAGUAUGUGAUGCACUUCCAGCCAGGCAAGGACAAGUACGGCACGUGGUUCAACAAGGACGAGAAGGAGGGGGACACCUGGAUGUGGCGAAAACCCGCGGUACCGCAGCUCAAGGAGGACGGGUUGGCACCCAUGGAGUGGCCCACAUGGGCGGAGUUCGUGCUCAUCGAGGUCGCCGGCCACGCCGACACACCACAGAAGACCAUGGGGCUCGCCGCCAUCAUCUGCGCUGUGUCCAACGUACCCACCAGUGGAAAGGUGCACGGAGAAGCCUACUGGAAAGGUAUGAUAGAUAAAAGCAGCAUAUAGUGGUCUCAUUGCUCCUGCUCCGGCGAAUGAUGAAGAUACUGGUCGUGUUUCUUGCUACUAACUAGUACUUUCUUCUCAGGAGCAUUCGGCUACAACAUCCGCGAAGAUGAAAAGAGGGUUUACCAAUUGCUCUUUCGGCGUGUGUAGCUCGACGAGCAAGGUGCAAUCAUUAAUUCGCGCUCGCGCUCCGAAUGCCGAGCGAAUAAUACAACGUUGCACACAUCACAAUCUCAUAUUGGCUCUAUACUUCUCAGGUCACAUGUGCUUCGGGCCAAAUGAUUUUGGUGAUGACAUGGAAUACGCAGUCAACGUGCCCCUGGCCACGAUAGCAGCGGUUGUCUUUGGUCUGAAGGCAGUUCUGGAUUUGCGAGAAAAGAUCGGCGGGCAGAAAAUCAAGGGUAAGUAUAGAGGAUGAACGAGCCAAGAUAUUGAUUGAUUUUGAAAGUCUUCCUACUUCGCUGCAAUUUUUGCGUUGGAAAAGCUCUCUUCUUUUGGGCGGCCUAUAUCUCCAUGCCCUUUCGGUUGCUCCUGCUUCUUAAGAAAGUAAUAUGCGUAGAAUGAGUUUUUACUGAUACCACGGAUUGAGCCCGUAACGAAAAAUAUAUUUUUGUACUGCAAAAACAAAUUGCGAAACUUACUCCUGUUCCCAGGUAUCUUCAUUAGUUCCGACCAUACCGUCGUGGAAGCGGCAGUAGACGGACAGUGCAACACGGCGUACCUGGAACCCUUGGCGAAACUGCUCACCGCCUACAAGCAGGAAAUCCUGGACGAUGACCACUUUCCGAACUGCUUUAACUUCGCGGUAUUUGAAGCUACUUAGCUUGUUUGCACGUAUAUGAAUUCAUUUUCCCAUGCUUGUGCUUCGUCAAGAAAAAGACUUCGAUUUCCACCACCCAACACGAUAUCGUGUUGUAAGCGUUCUCGUUUAGCCGCUUCUAGUUGUGCAGUUUGUUUUGCGCUUCUGAACAAGCGGUUUUCUUUUUUGAGCACAUUCGUCGCAUCGCGGCUCCCGGUCGUGCAGGCCCGUAGUUGCAAGUCGUUUUCGAGGGGACACUCACGUUUUUUUUUUCAAAAUUUUCGCAGGUCUCCAAAAUUCAAGCCAGUGCGAACAAGGCUGCUAAGUUGGCGAGGGAAGCGCGACAGGGGGCGACCGACGAAGAUUAUUCUGGUUGCUCCAUGGGUGAUAUUAUGCAUUGCAAAAAUGUCUGGGUCUGGAAGGUUGGAACUUGUAAUGCUAGCUUUCCAUACCUAGAAAAUCUGUAUUGCAUAACCAACAAAAGUCGCAGCCUCUUUUGUCAUGCAACAUCGCAGUUUGUCAUGCGGAUUGCCUAUGAGAAAGCGUUUUCGGAAGUUGUUAUGCCAGACUGCAUUCGGAAGUGUUUUCAUCAUGCCCAUUUUAGCAUCACAAGUUUCCAGACCCAGACAUUUUUGCAUUUGAUAGAUAUCGAGUUGGCGGAUGCGGUCAUUUCCUCCUGCGAAUCCGCAGCAAAAUCUAUUACAAUGAAAAAUGCCCCCACCCCCGAACUUGAAAGCAUUUGUAUUGCAAACCUUUCCAAAUGAAACAUUUGCCCUCUUGCAUGUAUCAGCAUCACAGAUUUCCGAUGGUGAAUAGCAAAAAUUUGUAUUGCAAAAGAUCCCAGCAAGAGCGGUGCUUGUCAUGCAAGCGAUGCGACACACGACUAGAUUCUGCA